GUUUGUCCUGAACGUCGGUGUCUCAAGUUGUCCACCAGAGGGCAGCAGAGGCUUUUUAAUGCGAAGCCCCCAGAUUCUGUUCUCUGUUAUCGCUUAAAGUUUAACAGGGGUGCUGAUCAUUAAAGUUAUACUCAUCUUUAUGGGUAGAUGGGGGCCAAGCAUCCCCACUGUACUUCAGUCUAAAAUGAAAUGCACCUGUGCUUUGCUGUGAGGGGGAAAACAUCAAGUGCUCUUCAGCAGUGCCCACAGGUGUCAGUUAAAGCUAUAUUCUAGGGGACACUGUGGGUUCACACUAAUUCCCAUCCCCCUCUGUGACCCCUCCGUGUUGUAAAUCAAUCCCGUUGACUUGCGCUGCUCUUACGUCACAGACACGAUCUUCUGCUGAUCAAGAAACGAACUUUGGAACAAUGGAUGAAGAGACAAUGAGAAGACAGGUCAGCAGGCGAUACGAGGAAGUACAGCAUCAUGUUGUGCAGCUUAUUAAUGAGAGCAGAGUCGAAAUGAAGAGGCUUGAACAUCGUCUGCUGUCUCUGACCACACCUCCACGAACAAACACAAAAACAGAAGCAGCUGAGGCAAUUUAUGGAACCCCGCGAGAAUUCAGUCCAAGCAUAGAUCAGUGCAUUACAGAUGCAUGGGGAGGAAAGAAGAUGUAUGUGCUGCUUUCCAAAAUAGGGCCCUACAAAAUAUUUUUUGCCGACAUACAUAAAACUUCUCCUGGUGAGGAGCUCGAGAGUGAGGUACACAACCAAACAUUUUUUAUUUUUUACUUUGUUGUUAUGCACAAUAAACACAACAUGUAUGCACUUUCAUGUAAACCUCGUUGUCAGCAGGUCAUCAAUGCAUUCAUGCACCUAGAGAUCAAGAAAUUUAAUAGUCGGUCAGCGGAGCGCGCCUUUUACAUUGACAGCUAUGAAAUGGCCAGCAUCUGGAAAGGCCAUUCAACAAAGCUGAAGAUUGACCUGUCAGUGUACCACUAUGUAAUAGGAAUCAUAAACGACCACUAUCACUGGACAGUUAUGGUGAUCAUGCCAGCACAGAAGAAAACUUUAUUUUUAGACCCUCUGGGAGAAAGCAGCGUAAAAGUAGAGAAGUGCCAGCAGGUGACAAGGUAUUAACAAUGAUAUCAAAUAUUACCCCCCCC